AUGGAGGAGAUACCCGAACACGAGGGAUACAAAUUCCGAGUUGCCAGACCACGUACGGAUUUCCGCGGAACUCAUCAAUAUGCUUCGCCGAACGCUCAUAUGCUCAUUGAACUGGGACGCCAUGACGACAUUUGGUCGCUGAUGUACAUGGUGGCCGAGUCCUUUGUCGAGCUACCAUGGACGAGAUGCGAGGAGACCGAAGUGGAGCAUUACAUGAAUCAGUCAACCAUUCUUCGUCUGUUCAGUGACGAAAAGAACCCGACCCGGUUGAACGCAGAUAUGAGACGUCAAUUGGACGAGAUUGAUUCGAUGCUGAAGGCUUCAAAGUACUAUGACAGUCCAAAUUAUGAUGCCGUUUAUCAAUUCUUCAAAGAUUCGAUGGCAAAAGCCAAAGUCACUUGGGAUACUCCAUUCGAUUGGGAGAUUGGCAACACGUUAUCCGAGGAAACGUCGAAGGGCGUCAAGCGCAAGAUGGGGGGACCAUGGGAGAAUCCUGGGCUCUUUUUCACGAAAGGUUGCUGGGCUGGACUCAAGUUCAUUCCAGAACUGACACCAAAAUCUGCUCCAACAUCAAAGAAGCAAAAUUUGCCAAAGUCAUCUUCGAAAGGAGGGAGAGCAGAUCGUCAAAUGAGCAAAGAAGACUCGGCUGAUGGUGAUGAUGUAGUUGUGAAUCAAGGUACGCCGGCGCAGAAGUCAGCGAAGCAAGAGAAGAAGGAGAAGACGGUUGAAGAGAAUGUUUAG